AGGAGGGUGUCACUAAUGCAGCAGCAGCAGCAGCAGCAGCAGCAGGUGUGGGAACAGCUGCAGCAGGUGUGGGAACAGCUGCAGCAGGUGUGGGAACAGCUGCAGCAGGUAUACCGCCACCCUCGGGCAUCUCAAGUAUAUAUAUACCUUCCAACACCAUCCCAAGAUACACUUACUCUCAGUCAGCACUACAGCUCUAAGAUGAAGGUGGCAAUUUUGUUCCUGUGUGGCUUGGCCCUGGCCGCCGCCAACCCCACCUGGGAGGAGUUCAAGGCUAAACACAACCGCAAGUUCGUUGACGCCGAGGAGGAGCUCUAUCGCCAGAAGGUGUUCGAGGAGAACCUGAAGUAUGUCGUAGAGUUUAACGAGAAGUUCGAGAGGGGAGAAGUGACCUUCAACCUGGCGAUGAACCAGUUCGGCGACAUGACCAACGAGGAGUUCAACGCUGUGAUGAAGGGAUACAAGAGGGACCCUAAACGCAGCGUCGGUUUGGUCCACAACGACGAUGGUCUUCCUCGUGCAGCGACUGUGGACUGGCGCAACCAGGGAGCCGUGACUGGUGUCAAGGACCAGGGACAAUGUGGUUCAUGCUGGUCUUUCUCUGCGACCGGCUCGUUGGAGGCCCAACACUUCUUCAAGACCGGGAACCUGAUUAGUCUGUCCGAGCAGCAGCUGGUCGACUGCUCCACCUCUUAUGGUAACUACGGAUGUGAUGGAGGAAGCAUGCAAGCCGCCUUCGACUACAUCAGGGACAAUGGUGGAGUCGACACUGAGGCAUCCUACCCAUACGAAGCUGUCGAUGGACGCUGCCGCUUUAAUGCGAACAACAUCGCUGCAACUGUCACCGGACACGUCAACAUUCGGGCCCUGAGCGAGAGCGCCUUGCAGACAGCUGUUGCUGAUGUUGGCCCCAUCUCUGUGGCCAUCGACGCCUCACACCUCUCAUUCCAGCUCUACAACUCUGGUGUGUACUAUGAGUCCAGCUGCUCUCAGCUGGUUCUGGAUCACGGUGUGCUGGCUAUUGGCUACGGUACUGAGGGCGGAGAGGACUACUGGCUCGUCAAGAACUCUUGGGGCACCGGCUGGGGCAUCAGCGGCUACAUUAAGAUGGCUCGCAACAGGAGCAACAACUGUGGUAUUGCCACAGAUGCUUGCUACCCAACAGUCUAGAUGUGGCAACUUCCCGACUGACUGCCACCUUAAGACAAUGUUCAGGUGGUGGUAUUAUUUUGGAGCUGUAAUGCUGUUAUUGAACAAUAAAGACCGUUCAGAAUCUUAA